CCAGCAUCCAUCUGCCUGGCUGCUCUUAAUUCUUUCAUCUUCUCCUCCAUUCCCUCCUUCCUCCCCUUCAUCGUUCAAGCUGUCCAUUUCCAUUUCAAACCCCGGAUCCGGAAAUCCAACUCGACUACUACUACUACGACGCUCUCAUAAAUCCCAUCCCCCCCCCCCCCCGGCCUGGACAAGUGUGUGACUGGCUUCAAUCAUGGCGACCAUCAAUCUUCCUUAUCGUCGACCUUCCCGACAAGCUUCCCGUCAAGCUUCCCGCGAUACUCGUGACGACAUUCUGGUCCACGUAGAUCACUACAUUGGCAUUGACGUUGGAACCGGAAGUGCUCGUGCUUGUAUUAUCGAUUCUAAAGGAGAUAUUGUUGGCCUAGCCUCGGAGAAUAUCGGUCUUUGGCAGCCCCAACAAGGAUACUACGAGCAAUCCACAAGCGACAUCUGGCGCUGUAUUUGCGUCGCAGUCCAGCGCGCCAUCAGUCAGCACAACAUUGACCCGGAAACUGUGCGGGGAAUCGGCUUUGAUGCAACUUGUUCCUUGGCCGUCUUCUCCAACGUCACCGAUGAACCCGUUUCUAUCACCGGCCCCAACUUCGAUACGGACCGCAAUGUGAUUCUCUGGCUUGACCACCGACCCGUCGAGGAAACGGAGAAAAUCAAUGCGACCAACCACAAUCUUCUGCGCUAUGUCGGCGGGAAAAUGUCCGUGGAGAUGGAAAUCCCCAAGGUCAUGUGGUUGAAGAACAACAUGCCCAAGAAACUCUUUGAUGACUGUAAAUUCUACGAUCUGGCUGACGCCCUGACCCAUAUCGCCACCGGUAAUGAGAAGCGGAGCUACUGUAGCGUCGUUUGCAAGCAGGGCUAUAUCCCUGUUGGUGUGGAUGGCAGUGUAAAAGGCUGGCAGGAGGACUUCUUGGCCCAGAUUGGGCUGGAGGACCUGGCAGAUGAUAAUUUCAAGCGCAUGGGUGGCGUCAAUGGGGUGAAUGGAGAUUACCUGAGUGCGGGCGAGCUGGUCGGCACCUUGUGCGACAAGGCGGCCUCAGAUCUGGGACUGCCCGCUGGCAUUGCCAUUGGCAGCGGUGUCAUUGACGCUUAUGCCGGCUGGAUCGGGACCGUGGGCGCCAAAGUCGAUCUGGGAUCGGGCCAGCUCAGCGCCGACGUUGCUAAGAAUGAUAAGACGCAGGCCUUCUCCCGUUUGGCCGCAGUUGCCGGAACAUCCACCUGCCACCUCGCCCUGUCCCCAGAUCCAGUCUUUGUUUCGGGAGUGUGGGGUCCCUAUCGCGACACUAUCAUCCCGGGAUACUGGAUGUCCGAAGGGGGACAGUCCGCCACGGGAGAGCUGCUGAAACAUAUCAUUGAAACACACCCAGCCUUCAACCAGGCGCUAUCCAUUGCCGAAUCCUACAAUGCCAACAUCUACGAGUACCUGAACGAGCAUCUGAAGGAAAUGGUCCUGGAGCGGAAAGCCCCAAGUAUAUCUUAUUUGGGCCGCCAUUUCUUCUUCUACGGGGAUCUAUGGGGGAACCGCUCGCCCAUCGCAGACACUAGCAUGGCAGGCUCCGUUGUCGGCCUUUCCAGUGACCAAUCCGUCGACGGUCUUGCAAUCUACUACUACGCCACUCUUGAAUUCAUCGCCUUGCAGACCCGCCAGAUCGUCGAGACAAUGAACAAAGCAGGACACCGUAUCACAUCGAUCUUCAUGUCCGGGUCACAGUGCCAGAAUGAAAUUCUGAUGGAGCUCAUCGCAUCGGCAUGCGACAUGCCCGUUCUCAUUCCGCGGUACAUCCACGCUGCCGUCUGCCACGGAGCUGCGAUGCUCGGCGCCAAAGCCGCCAGCGCCGACGCUGAUGGCAAGACCGAGGACCUAUGGGACAUCAUGGAUCGCAUGAGCAAGCCAGGCAAGAAAGUCGAGCCUACGAAUGACGAGAACGAGAAGGCCUUGCUCGAGGUCAAAUACAAGGUUUUCCUUGAGCAAUGCCACAAGCAGCAAGAGUACCGGGCCCUUGUGGAUGCAGCCGUGGGCUCGUGGAAAGCGUAAAGAGUACAUCCACUCUAUGGAACUCAUUCAUUCAUUUACCACCCUUUCUUUUAUCAAUUUACGAUAGGGCGAUUUCGACUGGGUCCCGGAUAUGAAAAGACUCCCGAGGACUGGUCCUUUGGUGUUUUUUUUUUUUUUUUU